ACAUCCCUUUGACAGAUACGAUGGAUACGCAUAACACCGUUGAUUCACAUAUCGAUAUACAAAGUUCAAAACCUUUAGAAUGGUAUUUCCAAGCUUUAAAGGAGGGUCGAAUAGUUAAAUUUAAAUAUUCGGAAUUUAUUAAUGUAGAAGAAAUCGGACAAGGUGGUUACGGAAUAGUCUAUUCCGCUGAUUAUGGUGAUCAAAAGGUCGCCUUAAAGCGGUUUACUAAAAAUAAUUCGGUCGAAAGUUUUGCCAAUGAGAUUAAGCAAAUCUAUACAGUUAAUAAUCAUGAUAAUAUUAACAGAUUUCAUGGGAUUACUACGGAUCCAGAAAUGGGUGAUUUCAUUAUGGUGCUACAAUUUGCCCGAGGUGGGAAUCUGCGAGAUUAUUUAAAGCGUCAAUGGAAUAGUGAUGGUUUUAAAAUUUCGUUAACCAAGAUUAUUCAAAUUUUGGAGCAAAUUGUGCAAGGAUUAAACCACCUACACACAAAUAACAUUAUUCAUCGUGAUUUAGGCGAACGAGAAGUCAUUAUUCCUGGUACACCUAAAAGUUAUGUCGACCUUUAUCAAAAGUGUUGGUCAACUGAACCAGAGCAACGACCAACAUUGAAAGAAAUUUCAAAAUGCCUUGGAGAAAUAUCCAAAGAGGCGAAUAAUAAGUUUAUAAUUGUUGAAAAUGAUCAUCAAGUGCCUCAACGACAUCCUUCGUUGCCAGAUAUAUUCCCAAGUUCACCGAACUCAAUCGAUUCAUCUCAGAACUCUGUAUAUUUCAGUUCACAUCCAACACUUCCAAUCCAGGUUUUUACUAGUACAACAGACAUUAUUACUAAAAGUCAUGUUGAAAGAAUUUCUUCUUGGAUUUAUGGAAAUAAUGUUCAGUGUAAACUUAAAUUAUUGUAUAUUGGCAAUAGAGAUCAAGAUGGUCUUAAAUUUAAGGGCUUUCAUGAAAAAUGUGAUAACGAAUCAAGAACCCUAGUGGUCACUCGAAUCCGGGCGACCGGUGAAAUUAUUGGUGGGUACAACCCAAUUGAGUGGAAAACAGCACCUCGUAAGUUUGGAAUGCCUUCUAGAGAAUAUGGAAACACUAUUGAAGGGUUUAUUUUUUCUUUCCAAGGUGAAAGAUCAACUUAUAGUAAAGUCGAAAAUGCUGAUAAAGCAAUUUAUUAUAAAGAUGGAUUUGGACCCUGUUGGGGUAAACAUGACCUUUCGCUGAGAAACGAUAUGGCAUAUAGCUAUAAGUGGUGCUGCAAACAAAAAAAUUAUAGACGAUUGAUUAGACUUUCAGCGGGGUCCUUUGAUGCUGAAAAUUAUCAA